AUUCAAUGCCGGUCCAAAGGUCUAAACAGCAUAACAGAGCCGCCAUGUCGUGACGUCACUUCCUAAUCCCAUCCCGGCGGAGGCUCAGUUGGUGCGGAGUCAUGAAAGUGUUUGUAAACAACUCAGACGGAAGGAGCUGCAAACUGGAGUCUCACCAAUUCCCACACAUAUCCCUGAGUGUCAAAGCAUCCUGCAGAGUGUCCCUAAUCUUGGGCUGUGAAGGGUGUUUGAGCUCAAGAUUUCUCAAUGUCUUUAAGUCGAGAGGAUGACACAACUGUAACAUCCGGCCCUUAAUUCAUAGUCGUUCCGAGUUGCCGUAGCAUUUCGGUAGCCGCCAGAUCCCUGUCGUUGCAUGUGUGCUUCCCAUUGAGUUAAGAUGCCGUGGCCAUUUUCGGAGUCCAUCAAGAAGCGGGCCUGCAGAUACCUCCUGCAUCGGUACCUUGGCAACUUUCUGCAGGAGAAACUGAGCUUGGAUCAGCUCAGUUUAGACCUCUAUCAAGGCACAGGAUCACUUGCACAAGUGCCAUUGGAUAAAUGGUCACUCAAUGAACUCCUAGAGACGGCAGAUGCCCCUUUUGAAGUAAUCACAGGGUUUAUCCAGACAAUUUCACUAACCGUUCCAUGGGCAGCCCUACUGCACGAAAACUGCGACCUCGAGGUCAAGGGUUUGGAGAUGGUGCUCCGACCAAGACCAAGAGGAGCCUCCGGCACUGAGCCCAUGUGCUGGUCCAGUUUCAUGACGAGCAGCAUGCAACUUGCCAAAGAAUGUCUCAGCCAGAAACUCACCGACGAUAUGGGAGAGAGCUUCCAGCCUUUUGAGGGGUUGGAGAAGUUUGCAGAAACGAUAGAGACGGUUCUGAGAAGAGUUAAAGUGACAUUUUUGGAAACUGUUCUGCGAGUUGAACACAUUCCAGAUAAUUCUAAAACCGGGAUCGCCCUUGAGAUUCGAAUAAAAAAAAUUGUUUAUUGCGAUGAAACAGGCGAGGAGACUUCCAGUGUGAAUGUGCAUCAGCCAACCACAUUUGCACAUAAAAACCUGCAGAUGGAAGGCAUCACUGUAUUUUGGGAUGAGUUUUCUGAUGUGUCCCGUGCUGGUUGUAAAUCUUCAACCACUCCAACGGAAACUGAGCCAAAGCUCUCCCCUAGCUGGAACCCCAAAAUAAUAUGUGAGCCUCAUCCUCAGUUUACGGAGCCUCUGUCCUCUACGACACCCUUUGAACCUGUGCAGAUCGGGAGCCUCUGUGGUAAAAUCGAGUUGUCCCUCACUCUGAAAAACAACUUGGCAAUGCCUGGAGCGAAGCUGGAUGUUGUUGGACAUAUCGACACACUUAUCGUUCUUCUGUCCCCUCGACAAGUUCAUCUUCUUCUGGACUUGUGUGGAGCUUUUUCUGGGGGAGGUGUGCAGGAAUGGGCGAAGGACAGAAAGAGCAGACCCAUACAGCAAGAGGAUGAGUAUCGGCUCCAUAUGGAACUGAACCGCUGUCUGAAGAAGGAUACCACUGUGCUGGGAACAGACCCCGACCUCUUUGAGAGCCACACCACCAGAACUGUGUCUAGUCGAGAUGAUGUGUUCUUCUCCAUGGCAGACAUGGACAUGUCUCACAGCUUAUCAUCCCUUCCCCCACUGGGUGAACCACCCACCGUUGACUUGGAUUUGUCGCUCAAUAGCAACUACUCUGCCUCCCCAGGAGAAUCUCCUACUGGAAUUUCAACAGCUAUGUGGGAUGAUUACAUGGAUGUACCCCGACAAAGAGAGAGGCCGGCAAAUGAGCCUCCCAUCCAGUCGCGGGACUCGGAACUUGCUCAUAAAUUACUCAGACAGACUUCCCAUCCGUCCAAAACCCACGGCGACGAGUCAAGGCCAGAGCUGGUGUUGACGUUGACGCUGAGUAGCCUCGCCGUGUCGGUCCUCCACAUCGACCCGCUGCCGCCGCCAGAUGCUGCUCCCAGUCCCCUCGGCCCCAUGGCCGCACACUACUUCAGCGCGCUGGGCCCGGGCCAGCUGGGCCCGGCCGCCUUCCUCCAGUCUCGGGCGGCGUUUAACCAAGCUUGCCCCCAUGACCACCUGAGGUUUGUGGGCCAGGACCUAAAGAUCUUCUAUGAGCACUGUCAGGGGUCCAGCCUGCGGACCUACAGUACCGACGUCUCGCUUGGCCAGAUGGAGUUUUUGGAGUGUCUUUUCCCCGCUGAGGCUGUCCCCGGUGGCUCCCAAAAGGGCAUUCAGUACACUGAGCUCCUGACAUUUGACACCACCGUCGGGGCCGACGCGCCGCUCACCAGCUGCCUUCACCUACUCUACAAACAGGCCGAGCGCAGAGGCCCUCAGGGCGGCCAGGUUCGUCGCAGCACCAUUCCCAGGAAAGCGGAGAUCCAGGUGGAGCUGGGCGCGGUGCGCUCUGAGUUGGACAUCAGCAUUGUGGACCGUCUCAACUCACUGCUACAACCUCAGAAGCUGGCCACCACAGAGUUGAUGGCCUCCCACAUGUACACAUCCUAUAAUAAACAUGUCAGCUUGCAUAAGGCCUUUACAGAGGUUUUCCUUGAUGACCACCAUACUCCCACCAACUGUCAUGUGACGCUGACUGUCAACGCCCCGUUGCUGGGCCUCGCCAUCCGCUUCCCCAUCCCUGACCUGCGUUCAGAUCAGGAGAGGGGCCCUUGGUUUAAGAAGUCCCUGCAGAAGGAAGUCCUUUACAUGGAGCUGGAGGACCUGGAAGUGAAGACAGAGUUCAUGGGUGGCAGCUCGCCUGACCAAACCAAAAUGGAGCUCACUUUCAGGGAGCUUAUUGGGAAGUUUCGAGAGGAGCCGGAUCAAGCAGCUGCCCGCUUCCUCAGGGUGUCCCACAACAUGGAGGGAGAAAUGACGACAUCUGAAAGUGUCAAAUUUGAUUGGCCGAGGGUUGUACUGAAGAUGAACCCCACUGCGGUCCACUCAAUACUUGAGCGGAUCACAGCUGAGGAUGACGAGUGUGCUGAGGACCACUCCCUCGAAGAGGAAGAGGAGGAAGGGGCUGCCCAUUCACUGAAGGACGUGUGUGACUUUGGGAAACCAGAGCCAUCUCCAUUUUCGUCACGCAGGGUCAUGUAUGAGAAUGAAGAGAUGGUCAUCCCCGGUGAUGCUGCUGAAAUGACCGAGUUCCAAGAAAAAACCACAAACAACUCUCGCUUCGUCCUCGAGCUGUGCUUCCCCAAUGUGCAAUUAGUGCUUCCCGGCAAGGCAUUUUAUGAGAAGCUACACAACAGGAUAAACAAUGACCUGUUGCUAUGGGAGCCAACGGCUCCAUCGCCAGUGGAGACGGUGGAAAGCAUGCCAUACGGAGUUGGACUCUCAGUCGCCAGUCAGCUGAUCAACACGUACUCCAAAGACAGCUUCAGCCAGUUCCGCUCUACUGGUCCCGAGGAGGACAGUGGCUCAGAAGAGGAGACCAUGAACUAUUACUUCCCUGCAUCGGACCUGGGCCUCAGGUCUCGCAAGAAGAAAAAGCCCAAAGUCCAGAGCAAGACCUCUCAGAGCCUGUUCUCCGUCAUCAUCGCUGUCAAUCACGGCCUGGUGGCCCUUCAGACCAAUGCUAAGAAGGAGGAUAAAACGGUACUGAAAAACAAACAUGGCGAGUUCUGGCUGGAGGUGAAAAACGCUGUGUUGUUCAGUGUGACGCAGUACGAAGGAUAUAAAGACCAACACUACAUCUGCUUUCACACCAGUAAUGUGCACAUGUAUCAUCAAGGCCUCGUGGAUGGAGGCGCCGCCGCCUCGGACGUCAAGUUGCCGUGCAGGACGCAUCCCCACUGGCUGGAGCCCACCAUCUACCAAUCCGAGACCUCCCCCGAGAGGGCCUCGACCCCCUCGGAGUGCAUCGGGCUCGAGGCCCGCAGCAUGCUGUCCGUUGCCGUCAAAGUCUCAUCCCAGAACGCGGAACGCAACGUCAAGGAAUUUCUGAUUGCUGUUGGAGUGAGAGGAGCCACACUGCAGCACAGAGUGGUCUCUCCCAGCCUGGGCUGGUAUGACCAGAUUGUUGACUUUCUGAAUGUUUCCGACGAGCCUGUGUUGGGUUACGCGCCUCCUACGUCUGUCACCACCCUACAUUUACACCUGUGGAGCUGCUCUCUAGACUACAGACCCCUCAACCUGCCACUCAGAUCACUAUUGGUUGUAGAGACUUUUAGCAUUUCCAGCAGUGUCUCCUUAGAUCUCUCCUCCUCAACACUCAGGAUCAUUUUGGACGAAGCGGCUCUGUUCCUCUCAGACAAGAGUAACGCUGUUUCUGUCAAUCUGGUGCGAGAUUACGUCCAAGUGGUAGACAUGGGGACAUUGGAGCUGAGGAUUACAGCGGUCAAACCGGGAGCCGGUGGAAAGUUGUCGGAGCCCAGAUUUGAGCUGCGCUGUUCCAGUGACGUCAUCCACAUCAGAACGUGUUCGGACUCCUGCGCCGCCCUCAUGAACCUCAUCCAGUACAUCGCCAGCUACGGAGACUUGCUCCCCCCCGAGGAACCGGAGGCCAAACACAGCAGAGCCACAGAGAGGGCCAAGGCGGAGUUUCCGAGCCGGCCUCCAUCGCAGCAUCUGCUGCUCGCUGAGACCGAGCAGCAGAUGCUGCAGGAUCUGAUGAGUGAAGCCAUGGAGGAAACGGACGGGCAGCACGCACCAGGGCCGCAGCAGAAUGGUGGAUGUGACGAGCGGAAUCAAGACCAAGACCCGCCUCACUCGGACCUCUUCCUGUUCCCCGAUGAGAGCGGGAAUAUCAACCAGACUUCGAGCCCCACUUACCCGAUGCUUCACUCGCCGCUCAUCACUCCUGUCCCUAACCCGGCGCACGAGGCCGAUGACUUCUGUAUCCUGGAGACUCCGGGUUCCAGAGGACAGGAUAUUGAUCAAGAACCUGUGGUAAAGCAGCUCACUUCAGAUCCCGUGGAAAUCAAAGAUGAUUACUUCAGUCAGCCUCUGGAUGGGAGUGAUUCCAGCCGUGGAGCCAUGAACUUUCCCAUCCCAGAGGUGCGCUACCUCAUCAAAGAGAUCUCGGUCAUCUGGCACCUCUACGGUGGGAGGGACUUUGGGAGCGCCCCGUUCACAUCCUCCCCCGCGAGAAGCCGAGGGUCCACGCCCCAUAGCUCCCCCUCUCAGACGCCGGUCAGACAGGCCAAGGCUUCAGGGCGGACGGGAGGUGGAAGAGGAAGAAACCCUGAAGUCCUGAUGGAGAUACAGCUCAGCAAAGUGAGAUUUCAGCAUGAGGUGUAUCCACAGGGCCAGGUGGCUUCUGGACCAGCAGCGGACCAGCCAGUGUCCCGGCAGGUGUUUGUCGUGCAGGACUUGGAGAUUCGAGACAGACUGGCUACUUCACAGAUGAACAAGUUCCUGUACUUGUACUCCAGCAAGGAAAUGCCCAGAAAAGCCCAUUCUAACAUGUUGACAGUUAAGGCACUGCACAUGUGUCCCGAGUCCGGCCAAGCGCCCCAAGAGUGCUGUUUGCGUGUUUCCCUGAUGCCUCUUCGCCUCAAUAUCGAUCAGGAUGCGCUGUUCUUCUUGAAGGACUUCUUCACAAGUCUUGCGACUGAGGUCGAGUUUUUCUCGCCACCUGCUCAAGAAGCUGUCUGUGUUUCCACAAAAAAAACAGCUGCCCCAGAGAUCACAUGCAGCUUCUCCAAGCCGGCCGGCAGCAGCAGCCAGGACCCGGCGCCGAUCAUCUCGGUGCCCGCUCAGCGGCGUUCGAGCCACAAUGGUUUCACCACAUCUGGCGGGGCGGAAGUGAACGACAAUGAAGCCUCUGCUACUUCUUUCACAGACCAACCGAUCUUUUUUAGGGAGUUUCGGUUUACCUGUGAGGUUCCCAUUCGCUUGGAUUACCACGGGAAACAUGUUGCAAUGGAGCAGGGAACGUUUGCAGGGAUCGUUAUCGGGUUGACGCAGCUUAAUUGUUCAGAGCUGAAACUGAGGCGCCUGUGCUAUAGACAAGGAUUAUUGGGUGUCGAUAAGCUGUUUGCCUAUGCGAUAAACGAGUGGCUAAGUGACAUAAAGAAGAACCAGCUUCCAGGACUACUGGGUGGUGUAGGACCCAUUCACUCUCUGGUGCAACUAGUUCAGGGAUUCAGGGACUUGGUCUGGCUCCCGAUCGAGCAGUACAGGAAAGAUGGCCGCAUUGUCCGCGGGUUUCAGCGCGGCACUGCCUCCUUCGGGACCUCUACUGCCAUGGCUGCCCUGGAGCUCACCAACCGGAUGGUGCGGACCAUCCAGGCGGCAGCCGAGACGGCCUACGACAUGGUGUCCCCGGUGCCCGAUGAGAGGGACACAAAGAGGAUAAAGCGGUUCUCCCAUUACGGACUGGCCCAUCAGCCCGUUGACCUGAGAGAAGGUGUUGCCAAGGCAUACACUGUUGUGAAAGAGGGCAUCACCGACACGGCACUGACUAUCUACGACACAGCCACCAGGGAGCACGAACAGCGCGGGAUGACGGGGGCGGUGGGCGGCGUCCUCCGCCAGCUGCCGCCGGCUGUCGUAAAGCCACUCAUUAUGGCCACUGAAGCCACCUCCAACGUCCUGGGUGGAAUGAGGAACCAGAUACACCCCGACGCACGGCAGGAGGAGUCUCAGAAAUGGAGGCAGGGCGAGGAAUGAUUCUUAUUGCCGUAUGGUACCUGUCUAAAACCAUGACUGCACAUGAAGCGACGGCUAAAACGUGUGUUAAACUUUCUUUGAAGUUGCAUUUUUUAAGGAGGACCUCAGAUGUUCACUCACAGCCCUCGUGUAAAUACCGUAGUGAUCUUUUUGUGGCAAUUUGAGCUACUGUGACUCGGCUUGUGUCAGCUAACCUGUUCCCUCACAGUGCCUUCAUGGUUAUCAGCAUUGUUUAUUCAAAGGAUGUAUAAUAAGGAAUGAAUUAUAAGCCACAUCUUUAUGUCUCUAUGUGGAUUUUGAUUUGUAUUAUGAUAGAAAACCGCAUUAUACAUGCACAAAAACAAUGAAGAAAUAGGUGGUUGUCACAUUUGCUUAAUUCUAAAGCUGUUCUGUUUACAAGUUGUGUGUUUGCGUUCUCUAAUCCUAUUUAAGUGUCAAAAAACACUAAUAUUGUAGGUAUGAUGACUUGAUUUGUAUAAUAUCCUGUAUCUGGGCGUUAUUUACUGUAAAUAUUCAAAAUGUGUAACAUUUCAUCCAUAUAUAGGAGAACAAGUAUAGAAAAAUAAUGUGUUGCUGCGGUGUCAGGUUAUUUUAUCAGUACUUUGAAGUGAAUAAUAGUUACCUGGUCAAAAAAAUGACGGCCCGACCAUCCAAAUUUGUUAUUUAGUUUCAUAAUUAUAUUUUGAGUUUGGAUCAACUUUGGGAAUUGUCUCAAAAACUACUGCUCUGAAAAGCUGCUUUUAAAUGUUUAAACGGUUUAAAAUGUUUUUUUGUCAGUCAGCGCUCACACUAACAGGCUUGUGCCUGUUACUCAAGAUCUUGAAGUCUUAAUAUCUUGCACAAUUGUUUUUGUUUGAAUAAUAUUUGGCUUUAUAUGCUGUGCCGCAGACAUGUCAUAUUUGCCCAUAUUUAUUGUAUAUAUGUGUACAGCUAAAUUUGUAUUAAAAGCAUGGAAGAUAAAUAAAAAAGUUCGAAUCAG